GGCUUGGGCCAAGAUAACUCUACUUCCCUUGACCUUUGGAAAUAUUCGGGCACCAACAGAGCACUUCUCCAUUCAUUUAAGCGAGCUGGUUUUGCGGAUGCAACUCUUGGUUACUACAAUUUACGACCAUGUCCACUUGGUACUUUUGUAAAUGCAAGUCGUCUUAAAUGCGUCGAAUGUCCUGCAGGUAAAAUAUAUAUUGUGUUACAUAAUUAUUAUUUAAACUUGUACUUUGCCUAUGGGUGAUGAUUAAUUCAAAUCACAAACAGCAGUGCUAGAAUUCGAGUGCGAAUGAAGCACUAAUAAGUUUAAAAUUGAUGAAACACUUGCUGUGACUUUUUUCAACAUUUUCAAAAACGUCCCGAGUUACAUUCUUUUAUUUCUAUUGUAUUGCUACUAUAAAACUAUUUAGUUAAUAGGUUUCUCUUUGUAAAAUCUGUUGUGAUACAUUGUGAGCUGAAUUUAUCAGUUAAAGGGUCUACUUGCCUUUGAAUUGCCCGAGAAGAAUGUCAGCAAGAUGGUUGUAUAUCAAUUGGCGUUGUUCUUUCUCUCUGGUGUUUUAAUUUACUGACUUCGACAAUACAGAGGUUAAGCAUCAUCUUUACGUCUAACGGCAAACGCGAAUUUGUACCACGUGACCAAGUUUCCCAACAACAACAUAUCCUUCAUUCAAACGCGGUAGGAUUUAAAGCUCAAAGCUUGUGGGGUCAUGUAAAAGUAAUUACAAAUGAAUAUAGAACUAUAAUAAAAUUAGGGAUAACAUUACUUAUAAAAUACAACUACAACAAAAACUCUAAAAAUAUACAGUAAUAUUCUAAAAAGAUACAAUGUUAAAAUGAAUUUACAUUAGUUACCACUAAGUAAAUUGACUACAACAUUUAAAACAUAAAAUAGUUACGAACAUCUAAAAUCUUAGUAGUGCCUGGGCAGCGACUGGACCGACUGUGCGCUAAAAUCAAGUUCCUUAAAAUAACAAUCCUUCUUCACUUUACGAUAAAAAACAGUAAACUGGUCUGAAAACGAAUGAGUCGAGACAGCGUUCCAAAGAAUAGCGCCUCUAUAGCUAGUAGAGUUUUUAAGAAACUACGAGUUAAAACGAUGGACGAUUAUGUUAUUACUCCUCCUGAAAUUGUACGCAGUGCAAGAUUUAUUUGUCAAGUAUGAAAGAGCCGCAGGUGCUAAACCAACAAACACGCUAUAAAGUAGUUUUAUUAAUUAAUAAUUUUAUAAUACACCUUUUGCAGUUCGUCUUAUCCAUUCUAAAGCUGUCCAGGAAUGCUAUUGAAUUGCAAACAGUGUCAUAAAAAUGUUAAUGAAUAGCGUUUACACUUAAAUGUUUGUCUAUUGUCCCUAACGAUUUUCAAUAUAAUGUUAAUGACUCGAAUGUUGGCGUUAACGAAAGUAUACUUUUAUCUUUUGUAUGCCGAAUGACGCAAAUGAAUGCCCAAAAAUGUUAUUGAAUGUUGAUUAAAAUGCAAAAAUAGUUAUUGAAUCUGAUUUAUGCGCAAAUGUUCGUUUUUCGCGCUAAUGAAUGUAUCUUCGCGCUGUUGGUCGCCGUUUCACGCAAACGAAUGCGUAUUUUCUCGUAAUGAACAGCAAAAAGUUGUAGAAGGUUAAAGUAUUCCAAUUCGAAUGUCGGUAUACUUCAUAAGUAGGCACAUCGCGGGGCAAGUUGUAUAUUAUUCUGGAUGCCCUACAGUGAAGUACUUCCAGGGAAUGUAGAAGGUGCGCAUUAGGGCAGCCGCCCCAAACAACCAAUUCCAUACAGAAAUGAUGGCAAUAUUAUCUUGGAGUACAAGUUUAAUGGGGCUUUUCUGCACAAAAACAAACUCCUUUUCACAAGGUUCAGUUUGUGAACAAAAUUCCUUUUUACAUCCGUAAGGUAGUGUGACCAGGAAAGCCUGUCAUCGAUAGUAACGCCCAAAAGACGAGUGUGUUUCACCCACUCGAUCCGAUCCUCUCCAAUAGACACAGAAUUUAGCCGCCCGAAGUGCGGUUUUCUCAUCAAUAGCAUAGCUUCGCACUUUGCCGAGUGAGGAGUUAAAGAGUUCUCUAAGCACCAACUAUUCAGUUCCGAUAAAGCUUUAUUUAAAGAAGUGACAGUGUUAUCAACAGUGUCUCCAAUGUAAUAAAUGGUGGUGUCAUCCGCUUACAUAAAGACAGAGCCAGAAGUAGCAGCACUUGGUAGGUCAUUGCUAUACAAGGUGAACAUCGUUGGGCCCAGCACUCCCCCUUUACUCAUCGUUUACUUUUCAUAAUUUCAACACAUAAAUUAGUAGUUUCAUGCAAUUUUUUAUCCAUAAGAAUUGUUUUGACCUGUUUUUAUCUGCUGAUUUUCCGUUUUGAGAAAUUCUCAACUUGGAUCUGACGUUUGCCAUUUGCCGUAUACGUGAUGCUCAAACUCUCUUCUGUCUCGAUUCAUAAAAACGCAGAAACUGGUACUAACUUUGCCAGUAUCCAGCCGGCCACAUUUAUUGGACUCUUAAUACGACUAGAUGCCAGCUUUUUUUCUUAUGCCAUGCAACAAUAAAGUCCGCCCACGGAAACCAAUCAUAUUACGGGAAUUCUACGUUAUUUGUAGGUCAUGAAAUUAAAAAAGGAGCGUCGGACCAAAAACCAAGGAUUUUGUAAACCGGCAAUUUUAACCCAAACUACUUUUUGUCGGCUCUGUAGAUCCAUUUUAGUCAUAUUUUGGGACUACUACACUUUCUUAUAGGAGGCUUCUAUUCGGAUACCAUAGCGUUUGUCAGUAACGGCUGCCUCAGAUGUCCAAAUGGAACUUUUGUGCCAUACAGUAAGGCGCCUGGUAAAAGCGCCCGUGAGUGCAUUGCUUGUCCACAAGGUAAGCAUAUUUUAUAG